AUGAUUGUUUUAUAUAGAAACAAUGAUCGUUUUUAUUAUAAAAAUGAUGCUUUUAAAUAAAGUCUCUCUCUCUCUACAUGAUCAGCUUUUUUCUUUCUUUGGAAAGACAAAGAGGGAAUAAAGAACUUUUUUUUUUUUUAAAAGAAGCUGCUGCAGUAAAAAUAGUCACACACAACAAACUUUUUUUUUUUUUUUAUAUAUAUCUAUCAACAAAAAAAGAUUUUUUUUACUGUUCUUUCUACAUUUAAACAUGUCUGCCCCUAUCUCACACCCUUGCAUUGUGGACGGUUGGUUCAUGGAAAAGUCCACCAUGUGGCCUGGUCAAGCCAUGUCUCUCAAGGUUGAAGAGAUCCUUCAUCAUGAAAAGUCUCAGUACCAAGACGUUCUCGUUUUCCAAUCCUCCAACUAUGGAAACGUCUUGGUUCUUGACAAUGUCAUCCAAGCUACUGAACGUGAUGAGUUCUCUUACCAAGAAAUGAUCACUCAUCUUGCCAUGAACUCUCACCCUUGUCCCAAGAAGGUCCUUGUCAUCGGUGGUGGUGAUGGUGGUGUUCUCCGUGAAGUCGUCAAGCACGAAUGCGUUGAAGAAGCCAUCUUGGUUGACAUUGAUGAAGCUGUUCCUCGUGUCAGCAAGAAGUUCUUGCCCAACAUGGCCAUCGGAUUCGAUCACCCCAAGGUCAAGGUACACAUCGGAGAUGGUUUCGAGUUCUUGAAGGACAAGGUGAACCAAUAUGAUGUGAUCAUUACUGAUUCCUCUGACCCUGAUGGUCCUGCUGAAUCUCUCUUUGGUCCUGAUUUCUUCCAACUCUUAAAGAAUGCCUUGACUGAAAACGGUGUCUUUUCUACUCAAGGCGAAUGUAUGUGGCUUCAUCUUCCUUUGAUCAAGAAGGUCAAGGACUUUUGUAAGAACUUGUAUCCUCAAGUUGAAUAUGCUUACACCUGUAUUCCUACUUACCCCAGUGGUCAAAUCGGUCAUGUCAUUUGCACAAAGAACCCUAAUGCCAACCUCAAGGAACCUCUUCGAAAGUUCACUCCUGAACAAGAAGAUAAGCUCCUUCGCUAUUAUAGCGCUGAUAUGCACAAGGCUGCCUUCAUCUUACCUCAGUUCGCCAAGAAGGCUUUGGAAUAAAUUAUUUGUUAAAAAGAAAAAAGAUAAAAAAUGUACAUAUAAAUUUCUAAUUCAUUAAUGAGGAAAAUGUAUCAUGUUGUGUUACAAAC